UCCUAUUGUUCAUAAUGUGUGACAGCAACAUCCCCGUUCGAGUGAACGUAGCAACAGGGACCCGUGUAGGCCUAUACGUCACAUCAGCUCACUUUGCUGUAAACUAUUGUGGAAAGUAAAAUCCGCUAUUCUGGUUGAAAGUGAAGAAUCGACUAGAUAUCCUCCGUCUAUCACCAAGAGCUCGUUCGAGAUGCUGACGUGCGUCUUAACCGUCAUCCCCAUAUAAAAGUUUGAAUUUCCAUAAUUUCCUUCUUGCAUUCCUUUCUCAAGAGCCAUGGUAGUGUGCGUCUAAAGUCUUCGCAACCCUUGCUGCCUCAACCGCUGAUAAUGGGCGAUUAUCCUGGAGGCUAACGCUAUGUCUGAAGGACCUGGAUAUCUUACGGAGACUAUACUGAGUUCACCGUGUAUUAACGAACACCCGUCGGUGAGGAUAAUACACUGUACUCAAGGAGUUUACCCUCGCUCAGUCCAAGGAGUACAUGAAGUGCUUUUUGCUGAAUGAGUAGUAAGACGUUGGAGACUACAGACUCCUCAUCGAAGCCAGCGACAAGAAUAAACUCAGAGUUAUUCUUAACGUGCGGUCCACUUACCUUCCCGAUCCCAGAACAAACAUUCCUUCACCGUGAUUUGCAGAAGAGUGCUGCCCGCGCCAGACGUAUUCGGUUUCAAAGAACAUUUUUUCAGCGGGAACAAGCAAUUUGGACAAGGAUUUUUCCAGCCCGUAGAAUUGUGGUUAAUUUUUAAUGGAGUCGUGUGAGAAGUGUCCACGUGCAUGCCAACCGUGACUAAUUAGUAGAAGAGGGACAUCAGCUGACAGCCUCCGAUACUUCAAGUUUCAGCGCCGCCAGUAGAUACAUGCGAUUUGAAUGAUAACUGGAGAGUACAUGCAAUAAAUAAUAAAAUGGCGAUGAUAAAAUGUUGAUUGUAAUAAAACCACCUUUAACAAAAGCAUUCGAAAGGAAGGGGGUGAUAUGUUUUAGUUUGCGUCGUCAUAAUGUAAUGGUUUUGGACGAUCGGGAUAAUUUUCCCCCUAAAAAUUAACAGCUUGUGAUUCGUUUUGCCUGGAAACCUCAACUCGUGUUUGAUUUACGGAAUAAUUACGGAAAGUGCGGUUGAUCUGCUGUAGGUUUAUUGCAGAGUAAGGCGAGAACAACGAUCUGCUUGUUGAAGUUGAAAUUUAAGUGCAAUUUGUGUUUCCCGAUGUGUCGUCUGCUAGUAUGGCUGCUCACAUCACCGGCCUAUUAACCUUCGAGCUCUCGAUGAUAUACUGAUGAGUGCUGAACACGCAGAAUUGCUGAAUUCAGCAUUCCAUGCAUCGAAAUAGAAAACUACCGUCACACUCUGCAGUAAUAAACAAAUGAGAAACGCAGUUGUCGUAAGACACCACAAGCGUUUCAGUAAAUAAUCGUGACGUCACUGGCGUACUUUCAAGACUCAGGUGUAUAGAUACUGUGGCCUGAUGGUUGAAGUAAAUACACCCCAGACAGGUGUCAUGAUGGGCAACUCGGACAAUAUGACGAGUAUGAUCGCUCUGACACCAAGUGUUACUGUCAUGACCCCUAUUACCAUGAUGGGUACGGGGUUAUUUGGUAACAUCAUAGCUCUUGGUGUGUACCAUUGCUCCUGUCCUGCCCAUCGCAACCUUCCAUUCUAUGGCCUGAUGAAAGGUCUCCUGUGGACUAACGUGGUGGGUUACUUAGCCGUGUACCCACUCAUUGUAGCCGCUUAUUUCAACGGUUUGCGCUGGAUUGGUGGCCUGCACACCUGUAACUUUCAAGGGUUGUCCACGCUGAGUUUCGGUAUGUCUACAUCGCUGUUAGUCGGCUGCAUGGGAUUUGAACGCUUCCUAGCCGUCUGUAAGCCCGCGCUGCACGCUAAACGAGUAGAGAGAAGAAAGAUUCCAUAUCUAAUCUUUCUGGUCUGGGUGUUUGCAGUUUUUACCGCUUUCAUGCCCAUCGUGGGAUUUGGUGAGAUGGUUCAACACUACCCAGGCACAUGGUGUUUUGUCAACUGGCGCCAUCAACAAACUGUUGGGAAGUUGUACACCAGCAUCCUAGCUGCUGAACUCUCUGGAAUCCUACUCCUCGUGUUCUCGUGUCUACUGUCCGUCGUAGGGUACUCCAUAAUGAAACUGCUACGUUUGGUGCCAAAACAAUCUGAGGGAGGAGUAGUUGAAGUAACAGGGACGACAAUCAGGCGCUUGUCAGUGAGGAGGACCCGACGGAGUUCAGUGGUUCCUGGGAGCGCAUCACCGUGGCUCACUUUCCACUACGUCAUGUUUGCAAGCUCGGUUCUGAUCUGCGUUGCUCCUGUUGUGAUGAGGAUAAUCCUGAAUGUUGCGGGCUUUGAAGAGGACCAUUUCGCUACUUUUCGAGCCAUGGGAUUCGCUGAAUGUUUCCCAGCCAGUGCCCCGUGGAUUUACAUGCUACUACAUCAGAGGCUGUGGCAACGAUUCCUUCCUUGUUGCUUCUCUAAACAUCUUCCAAACAUCGAUGGGAGAUAUGUGAAUUACCAUUGUCAUCCUCCUGAACAAGCUAGGAAUCAUAACCACGUUGGGUCUGAGGCUGGCGACAAUGGUGCGGGUGAGACGCGCGGUGCUAACAACAAUUUGCAGCCCAACAACUUGGAAGGAAGUACUGGGUACAAGACGGUAACUGAAGAUGGUUCUACAAUGGAAAUCCUGACAAUCAGGAAUGUGGCUCGGAAGAAUCAACAGCAGAGAUCUAAGACAGGACAGGCAGUAAAACUGCAGUCAUGGAAACCACUGAUCGAGUCUCCCAAUUCAAAUCCAAGCAACAGCAAAUUGGCCGUGUACAACCACCCAACGCGAGGUCAGGUGACAGAUGGUCCCACCUAUCACCUGACCGAUCACAUGCACAUGAACCAUCACUGUUCAGAUGGAAGCAUGACUCGGGUGGAGUACCACGCCCUCAUGCGGAUGAUGGAUGAGGAUUCACGUGAAAAUGUGUCAAUAGACGAUCAUGCAGAGUUGGCUAAGGCCUGUACAUUCGGUAAAGAAUCAACUAUCUGACAUUAAAAAAAAUUCAUCUAACUAUGCCUAUAGAGGGCGCUGUAUCAGCAGUCACGGAGGAGCUAAAUCUCCCUGUGCAUACAGUCUUGAUCAUACGGAGUUCGUAAAUUACAAGGGUAGUUCAUGUACAUGUACAUUGGAAAGAAUCCACUAUCUGACCAAGACGCGUCACGUCAACGCAAUGUCAGCGGUUUAAAAUGAAUUAAACCUGAACAUCAUCUCCCUAUAGGGGGCGCUGUAUUAUACCUAGCAACUAUCAUGACUGUAUACUAUGUGUAUUCAUGCAUAGUCAGGUCCAAAAACGAACAGAGUUGGCAACAUCCUGUACAUUCGGUAACUUAGAAUCAAAUAUCUAAGCACGGAUCGCAAUAUCGAGAGAUGAAAAAAGUAUAUCUACCUAAGAGGGCGCUUUCGAUAUGAGCGAAACGCUUUAUAAUUACAAUAUCAUGAAGUUAUAUACAACUGGGACACUUCCCAACGAUUUUUACAUUACGUGUCUCUUGAGAUUCUCGCCAUAAGGCUGCUGGUAUCUUACUAUCUUGACAUAAGCAGCAAUACCACGAGACUUCCACAGUUUGGUGCUCCAUUUUAUACAAUUAUGAUUUUAAAAUAACUUAUAUUUCUGGUAUAAUUCGCAAAGUAAUUACAAAAACACAACCACCACCAUAGCUAACUAACACCUCCUUGUAUAAUAGUACUCGUUGAGGCUCUUAGGUCAAGACAGAUAACAGUAAUGGACCCUUCUACGGACAACCUGUCUGUUCACUCGUCCAGUUUCUCGCACCACAAAAUACUCCCACAAUGCACUGCUACCUACAGUCAUAAAUUUAUUAGAGAAAUAUGCACCUAGUUUUAAUCGUUAAAGAUUGAUCUUGUAGAAUCAGAGAGUGCGAAACGUAAGCGUAUUGUUGCUUUAAUGUUAAAAUUAUUUUUCCAAGUUAAAACAAAAUAUUGAUUCCACGAUAUUGUUUUUUUAUAUAACGCGCGAGCGUUUUGGUGAUAUAAUAUUCAUCAGUUUGAAUGGCUCACAGUAGUCACACUACUUACUGCAACAGGUUAUUUUGUGAAGAUGUUUUCAUGCAAGAAAGAUGUUAAUGGUUUUUUAUUGAUUGUAUUAAAGACGAUAAAAUGGAAUGUUAGUAGUGUAUAUGCAGUGACCGAUAAAUCGGUCAGACGUAUGUAGUGUUUCAAAAAAGGAUCUAGUAAACAAACAGAAUGGCUUUUAUAGUGCUCACACAUAAGAACAUUAAGUUUUUGUGUUUACUGUAGCGUCGUUGCUGAUCGAGAAGGCAAAGCACGCCCUCUCGUGUCACAGCUUGCGACAUCGCUUCUUGAGACAUCAUUACAAGUAGGAGAUUGGCAUGCUGGUAAUGCUGUCUCCGUAUCAAUGUGAUGCCUGGGUUAGCCCCCCCCCCCCCCCCCCCCCCCUCCUUCUCAAGAACCUGAGCCCUUUAUCGUAGCCUUGUCUACGAGUUUUUUCCGAAUAACUUUUAUUUGCUGAAAGUAAUUUUUGCUAUCCGUAUACAAUUAGUAUUCGAUUUGCAUAUUUUGUAUAAUACAAUCAUUAUUAUGCUGAUAAUUGAUCAAUCUGUGAUUCGCGUUUAAUCAAAUUAAUAUGCUGAAUGAAUUCUUUAUUUGGGAAAUGUGGACAUGGCGUUUGUAAUAAUUGUAGUUUUGGAUUGAAAAUCAUGUAUGUGCAUGUAUAGGUGUAAAGUGAAAUUAAGAUUUACGUCUGUUUUUAUGGAUUAUUUCAUUCAUAUUUUUAUAAGGUGAGGGAACUUGAUACUCAUUAUGUUUUGUAAUUAAUACUUAUAACAUCAGCACAGUGAUGGCCAUCUUUUGCUAUAGGCCUACUACGUGCAUUCAGAAACUAUCAAAGAUGAAAGUCGUGAAUUUUCACCUAAACAACGUUUCCAAUAGAAGUCAAAUUUAGUUGUUGUUGACAACUUCCUAUAGCAUUCUUUCUGGGAUUUGUGACGAUCCCCCCAAAUGAAACUAUUUUACCCGUCUGUAUUUGUUCUCAUUUUAAUAUUAAUACCAAAUGUUAGGGAUCUGGAAUGUAUUUGAAAUCUGUCGAGUAGUCGAUAACAUUUCGAACACUGAGGUAGAUUAGAAAACAUAACAUUGUGAUGUUUGUAUGAUGUAAGUAUGUUAUUGUAUAUUAAAGGUGUUAAAUUCUGAGAUAAUUUUGGGGAACUGGGAGUGAGAAUAAAGGUUAUUUGUUAAAAGAAUGGGAAAUCGAUA